AUGGGAUAUGGAACACUUGCCCAACAGGAGAUAAAUCUAAUAGGACCUCAAAUAAGUCUUCCAUUAACUGGCUAUUUUGCAUUUUUAGGAAAUGAUGAAAUAAUUUUAUACCAUGACUUUGAAAGGUAAUUUUUACUUUCCCUAGUGUGUCUAAAUUAACCCAGACAAUUUUACUUGUCAAAUGGACAGUAGUUACUUGCAGACUAUUUAGCCAUGUACUGUACAUUCUUUCAUUAUAAAUAUUUAUCCUAGCUUGAGUUUUUAUUUCUGCUCUAUCUACAUCUUUGAGUCUCUAUAUUUUGUUAUUUUAUGUACUUGUAAUUGUCAUAGACAGUACUGUACCGUAGCCAGGUGAACACCAAACGUGAUUGGCUCUUUUGUGGUCACGUGGCUUUAGAUAAAUGCAAUGUAUCUCGCCGGGAACAAGUGAAAAAUAUAUUAAUUGUUGAAAAUUUUAUUUGUCAAAGAUCAAAGUCUUACACAUUUACUUUGUGGUUAAAUUAUUGCCGUUGCAGUGGUGAAGUUGUGAGAAGUUUUGAAGCCGAGGCCAAUACAAACGAAGUAUGCUUACAUCCAGAGGACAAUAAUGUCUUUAUUGCUGCAGAAUCUUCAUUUGGUGCAGUUACUCAGUUUGAUCUACGCACACCUGCAGGUAUGAUUUCAUCUGAUAGCAAGCAAAGGGACUUUAAACAAAAUGAGCGUAUUCACCAUAGGCUACAGGCCUGACAUAACAACUCAGUGCAACCAGGGAUAGAUUUAUUGGGGGUGCAGAAGAGGUGUGCAUCCCUAUUACCUUGCCAAAGGGGAGCUCGAGAAGGGUGCCAACUUCUUUAUCAUUUCGACUUUUCAAUUUGGUGUGUAAUUCCCUUAAAUUGAUUUAAUUUUUUCUAGCCAUUCUCUUUUGUUUUUGAAAAAGUGGCCAGAAUUGGCAAAAAAUAAUUGCUAACCCCUUAACUUCUCCUUCAUUUUUACCCACUUCAAUUUGGAAAGGCAAUAUCUUUUUACCCUUUCUACAAGCAAUUUCUAGGCUGCUAGGAGCAGCUAGUAUUUCACUCGUUCGGCAAAAUGUUGCUGCGUGUAGCGCCUAGUCAGUGAUUACUGCACAUGGCGAUCGAAGGUGCACCCCAGACCAUUCAUGACCAAGGGUCAAUAGACACUGCCCCCUCCCCUCCAAAUCUGUCUGGAUCCAUGAUCCCUGAUUGAAACUUUAUAUACAGUAGCAACGGAUCCAGUAUUCCAGUGUACUGUAAUACCAGACAAUUUUCACUUUUUGUUUUUAAAGGCCAUGUUACACGGUGCAAUUUUUCUUGCAACUUGCAAUGCAAUUCUACUCUUGAGAGAUGUAAAUUGCCAAAUACGAGUCUUCAUUACACUCCCCUGAUGUUUUCUCAACACAUAUAUCGAAAUUUCUUCACUGAUUUCACUAAUUCACAUCUCUCAAGAGUAGAAUUGCAUUGCAAGUUGCAAGAAAACUGUGUAACAUGGCCUUGAGCUUUUUAAUUUCAAAAACUAUUGUAUGUUGGUGUGGUACAGUAUAACGUAACUAACUGACUAGACUUGCCACAAGUCGACCUUGAACGAAACGGUCGACUUGUCAUACUUGCAGGGUUUUCAAUUGCAUUUCGCGCUAAAAAAUGUGAAUAAGUUAUUGGCUAUCAAUUAACAGGGGACUGAGUUGUCUAGUAAUCGCAUCAUUAUCUAAUCGCAUGUGCGUCAUAUUUCAUAUUUGUCACUUCCCUUUGGCUUUGCGAAGCAGUCAUCCCCAAUAUAGGAACUAAAUUGACCAAACUGCUAACUUGGUCUGACCAAAUUGCUAACUUGGUCUUUCAUAAGCGAGACCAACGGAACGACGACGAGAACCAACGACUUGUUAUUUUCCGACAAGUACUCGAAAGUAUGCGGAGCUAACUCAAAGGUUAAGCUUUUCCCAUAUCCUGUCUGUGCCGAAACGAACACAUUUCUGCCAGAUAGAUAGGCUUCAAUGGUCUGCCGUUGAUACUCUUUCAACUCUAAAUAGCCAGAAAACUGCUGUGCUUUUUCAAUCCCCUUUGAAACCGAAUUCUCCAUUGCAAACACAGAAACCACAGACACAGUGUUGAAAGGCAGAACACGAAAUACUGCGCAAGUUCCUUGUUUCCGGAAGCCUGUUUAUAAAUACGUCAACAUGUCCCUUUCACGCUUCUCUGAUUGGUUGAAGAGAUCAUCAACAAAUGAAUAUACACAAUAUAUAUAGAUCAGCGUUACUGACCCAUUUUUGGGUCAGUAAAAUUUGGCGCGCUGCAAGUAUGACAAGUCGGCCUCUCGCGAGCGACUGUCUUCGUCGCUCGCGCUCGCUGCUCGCGUUUCGUUCGAGGGCGACUUGUGGCAAGUCUACUAACUGACCUAUUCAAUUGCCUAAAAGGGAAGGUUCAACGAGAUGAUAAGUCCCAUGCAAGGCACCGCCACCUCCCUCAACAAUUAUAAAAUUAAAUAGAACACUAUAAUUUAUUAUUAUUAUUUAGCUUUGCCAACUAGGGCAGGGUCACCACAACAGCAUAUGCCAAUUACUGUGGGCCCUUUUUACCUAACCCACCCUGUCAACUUUCCCUGUGGGAGGAAACCGGAGUACCCGGGGAAAACCCACGGCUUUCGGCAGAGCGUUGACUUUUACUCUUUUCACAUGAGGACUGGGUUCGAGUCGCAUUGAGAAGGUACUUAGUGAGACUCGAACCUGCAGCCUCAGAGGUGGAAGGCAAGUGCGCUAACCACUUGGCCACCGAAGCCCCUAUAUAAAUCAAUGAGUGCUAGUUAUAAAGUAACAUAGAGUAGAACAAGCGAACAGAAGUAGAUGAUGAAUAGAAGGAUAAUCGGUAUCUCGAAAAAUAGAGUAAAUUUGUGAUUAUAAAUUUUAGUGAUUUUACUCCAAAUUUCCAUGAAGUCACUGUGGGUGCAUAGUUUACUCAAGUUUUUGGAGUCAAAAUACUCAGGAAUUUUUCCCGAGUAUGUACUCUUCCACAUGGGCCCACAUGUACAAGGUGAAAAAAAUUCAUUGUUUUCUUUCUUUCUUUUUGUUUUAGAACAGACAGUACUCGCUGUUCCUUGGCCAGUUAAAACAACGCUGUCGUAUUGGCCAAACAUACCAAAUUUUUCGUCAGCAAAAUUCAACCCUGUAGAUCCAAAUUUGAUCGCAACUGCUAAUUUAAAAAAUGGUGUGCAAUUGUGGGAUUCACGAUUUCCUAAAAGGUUGUACAUAAAUUAUUUACUUAUUGUACAGUUAGGCUCCAAACAGACGAGCAAAUUUUCUUUGAGAAGUUUCCUUGACAUCUUUACCUCGCGUGUACGAUCAACACGAUUUCCUUGACCAUAGUAGUACUUUUUGUGCACUUGGCAUUUAAUUGUACACGUCGAACAUUUCUUGUCGAAAAACUGGCAUGACUAGCUUUAGAACAAGACUCCUUGUUCAAAAUUGUCAAUAUUUUGCCGUUCACACGAGCAAAUAAAACUUGUCAAGGAAUAUUUGCUCUUCUGUAUACGGGGCUUAAGAGAGCACUUGAACAGGUGGGAAAAUUGACUGAGCAUGCGCGAAAACUGCUCGGGUUUUCAAGCUAGUGAUGGGCGAUACCAGCUUUUUUGGUUUCGAUACGAUACCAGUCCGAUACGAUGAAUUUUGGUCGAUACCGAUACCAAAAUCGAUACCGAUACUCAAUUUUUUCCAUUUAUUAAAAAUAACUUUUAAAACAAGAACAUUAAUGUUAACAAGUCAAAGAAUACUCUAACUUGAGUACCUGCCAAAUAAUCGAACGUAACAUUUGCAAUUAUGAUUUUAAAUCUGGUGGAAUUGUGUUAAAACUUUACAAUUAUAAAAGUUUAAGAAACCUAAUGAUUAACAAUAUUUACAAUUACUAACAAUAAAAGAAUUCAUAAACCGAUCAGUUUUGGCCCUUGGAACGUUAAGUUGCCUUUUACGUCUCAGUUGGUAUGAACAGUUAUUUUCAGAUGGUAGUAGAGGUCUGAGUUUGUGGGAUUGAUCUCGAGUGAUCUCGUUAAACAGUUUGCACGUCAAGAGCUGCCUGCGUUCUUCGUUCUUCGUUCUUCGUUCUUCUUUCUUCUUCAGACCGCUUUCUUCGAGGGAAUCAGUGUAAGGCAUCCAAGGGUAGAUUAUUCUUAGAGCUCUCUUCUGCAGCCUUUCAAUGUCGUCUGAUAGGUACUUGGGUAGCGAGUUGUGAUAAACUGGGCAUGCAUAUUCAAAGAUCGGGCGAAUACAGGUAGUAUAAAAUUUCAGAAAUUCCUUAGUUGGAAUGGCUGCUCUUUUGAGUUGUCUCAAGAAAUAGAAACGAGGUGCAGCCUUCUUGGUUGUUUCUGAUACAUGGAAGUUCCAGUUCUGAUUUUGGAAGUUCCAGUUUCUGAUACAUGGAAGUUUCAGUUCCAAUCAACGUGAUAAAAUAUAUUGCAAAUUAGCUACAUGUUUUUGUUUAAUUAAGAACAGCGUCUUGUCAACAUUUUUUGCCUUCAGUCUGUUGCCUUCAUGAAGUAUUACGCGAUUGGUCAGCAAUACUGACAAACAGCGCAGGCUCAAGUAGUAUCGAAUUACUGGAUACUUUUUGCGAGUAUCGAAAGUAUCGAUACUUUUGUAAGUAUCGAUGAUUUCCAUACUUUUUCGAUAGUAUCGCCCAUCACUAUUUCAAGCUCGAAACAAAGCUCGAAAGUGCACGCAGUCAUGGACUCAUGGUCGUCGUGAAUGUGGGGUAUAAAUUCCAUUUUCCCCACCCAAAACCUGGAAUAUUUAUCUUGGGUAACGGUUUUCUUGAUCCAGUGGGUGAUCGGUUGGGUAACGGUUUUCUUGAUCUACCUGGUAACCGUCGUAUGAUUUUUGUAGAUGUUUGAGACACUUCGACUCCUCGGUUAAAGCUGGACGAGAAAUUGCUAUGAGUGUAGCGUUUGAUCACACAGGCCGCUAUAUCGCUGCAGUACGAAAGACUCAUCCUCCCGUGUUGUACCACAUUGACAGAGAUACUAGUCUAGCGGAGUUUUGUCAGAAAGGUUACGGUAAUACAGUGACAAGAAAGUCUGUUUGUUUUGCUGGCCAGAAAGAUGAGGUGCGUUGAUCGCAUAUCAUCAGACAUUUAUUUACACUCAAUUUACAUUCUCAAAAUAUUCUGGGACCGGUUGUUCGCUAAUCCUCGUUUACAAUUUAACCAGUUGUUUUAGAGGGUGCCGUUUAUAUGAGAGCCCUGCAUAAAAGGCUAUAGCUCACCACGUGUUUACAUGAGAGUAAUCGGUAGGCCUGGGGCUGACUUCUUUUCGCAAGCUGCACUUAAUAAUGGCUUCCGUGCAACUCAUUAUCUUCAUUAUGGCGUCCAAAAUCAUAGUUUUCGACUAAAUUGUGGAAUAAAAACCAACAAAAAUUUGAUUAUUCGUUUAGAACUAUAGCUUUAAAGGAAAAAAGCUUCAAAGAGUUUAGUUUAAAAUCACUCAGCUCUCCUGGGAGGGCCAGCCCUCCCUACUGCGUUUAUAUGCGAAAUUUCCAGCUUUACUAGGGGAGAUCUCGCCUCGUCAAUAGCGAUAUCUCAAUGGAGAAAUGUAUUAGCAAGCGGAAUCUCGGCCAGGAGGGCCAACCGCCCUUCAUGUAAAGGCCAUUUUCCAUUGCAGUCCCUUUGCGCGGGUAGAGCGAACAUUACUCAACUUUCUCUGUAGUUAUCUAUCCUGUGUAUUUUUUGUCCGCCUGAAUGCUCGCGGACACGCCAUGAAAGUAGAACUACAUUCAACUUUCUUGACGUGCCCGCGCAACUGAUUUUUCACGUGAUUAAAAUUGAUCGCUCCGCCCACGCGGGCAAAGCGACCACAAUGGAAAAUUGCCUUAAGGCUCAUAUAAACAGGGCCUAAGUUUAUGUAUUUCUGCCCGCUGUUUGUUUCAGCACUUCAAAGAAGAAAACUCCUACUAAUCCAGACAAGAUUUCUGAAAAAAUAUUUCCAAAUUUAUCAACCAACAGUUUGCUUUGAAUUUUAGGUUAACCUAUAGGGUUAAGCUAAUCAGCUUGCCGACAACCGGCCACUGGUUAAAAUUUUAAUAUUUCCUGGUUAACCUAGAAGUAACCCUGUUUAUAGGUUCACUUCAUAUUCUCGCUGAAAUUUCCUGGUUAUUUUAACCUUUUAGUUUACUGCGAAGUUUGCCGUUUUUUCAGUCAUUUUGUAUUGCGCAUGGGAAAUUGAAACCGCUUUCUGAAAAAGGUAUCAAUUUCCCGUGUGUAAUACAAAAUGACUGAAAAACGGCAAACUUCGCAGUGCUAUUUUAUCCGCAUUUUACAACAUUUCGCAACGACACUUCGGAAUAUUAUUAAUUUUGUGAUGCUCUUUCAAGCUGUGAUGAUAACUUGUCUAGAUCAAAAUUUUGUUCAUUAGGGAAUAGGUCCAUUACGUGCAUACAGGUACAUGUUUGUCAACUUUUUCAAGAUAAAAUUUUGUUUAGCUAACGGAAAGGAACGGAAAGGUUAAUAUGUUAAUGAAGACGACAUCUGUAUAGAUUUACAGUCUAAUGACUAUGACUAGUUAAAUUAAUCAGAUUAAGUUAUGUUGGUGGAUCAAUAACCAGGGUCCCCUGGUUAUUCCUCCGGCUAACAUAGCGUGGUUAAUUUAACCAGGACGUCCUGUUGACAUAUAACCAGAUACCUCAUGAUCACAUUAACCGGACUAUAAUAGGAAGUGAGAUAAAAUAACCAAGAAAUUUAACAAGAAAUAUUAAGUUAGCCCGAAUAUGUAGGGUUAUUUGUAGGUAAACCAGGAAAUUUUUAACCAGUUGUUGUUAGAGUGUGCGUUUUAUAAUCAUUUUUGGUUAUUGUCUCGUACUUGAGCUGGUACACACUUAAGACUCACAAGGUGUACUUAGUCCUUAAAAUGAAGUACAUAAAGUACAGGUUUCUGAAAGGUAUUGAUUCAGUAACAUGAAACAACGAGUUAGAACAAGAAGGAUGAAAACUGCAUACACAAACACUAGAAUCGACUCAUUCCUUAGGCUUACGCCCCUAUUCUAAAAGCCUUCCUCGACUCAUUCCUAGGCUUACGCCCGUAUUCUAGGCUUACGCCCGUAUUCGUACACUCACACUCAAUAAGUGGGAGGUUCAAUCUGAGCUUUUCUUGAGUGUCAAUGCCGUUUUUGAAUAGCUGGAGGGUGAGUAGUCACAUAGAAGGUACGGCACUAACCCUGCAGCUAUUCAAAAACAGCACUGACACUCAAGAGAAGCUCAGAUUGAACCUCCACUCAUUGAGUGUGAGUGCGAGUGAGCUUUUAGAAUACGGGCGUUAGUCCCAUCAGUCCAAUAAUUUUCUUGCCAAGACAUAUCAGACGUGCCCAUAUACUAGGCGUAAUUACUGUUUGAAUACAUUGGGUUUUGUAAGGUUAUAUGGUACCAGCAAAAUGUAAGUACGCAAAUAGUGAGAGUUCCGCGUACCUCCAGACCGUAAUUGCCGUACCUCCGCGGUACGUACCCUGAUAAUAAUAGCGGUUACUUCAAUUAUUUUUCAGUUUAUGAUGACAGGCUCGGAGGAUUUCAAUGUGUACCUUUGGAAAGUUCCAAAGCUGGACAAAGAUCAUGUUGGCAUUGCUAAAGUGGAACAGAGUUCUCUCGCGCUAGAGGGACAUCGAUCUAUUGUCAAUCAAGCUUGUUUCAACCGAGACACAGCCAUGAUCUGUUCCUCUGGAGUGGAGAAAAUUAUUAAAGUAAGUUUCAUUAUGUACAAUAUAUUAAUAUUAUAUUAUGGAAACAAUAUUUACAGUAUUAACGUGCUCAUGCAACAACAUUUCACACCUUUUUGUAUGAUUGCAUUGUAAAGAAAAUUCAAAAUGUCUAAUAAGAUAUUUUGCCAAACUGCCUUCCCUUAUUUCUUUCUUGAGUUAUUUAAAGGGAAAUGGCAACAUAUUUUAUUUUGACGUCAGAUUGCAUAACUGAAUAAUAUAAGGAAUAUUAUGAAACAAGUAAGGAAUAAGGUGAGAAUUAAAUUUUGGCAAGGACAGAUAGGCUAUAGCUAAACAUACAGUAAGAAAAAGGUUCAUUUAUACCUUAGGGGUGGACAAUGCCAUGAGGCACAUGUUUUUUGUUUGCGGCUAUCAUUGCUACCAGAAAUGACGGCUCGAAUUUUCAUGUCGGGAACACUGUGAUUGCUACUAUUAAAAUGUCUGGCAACAGGUUGGUUGGCUUCGCUACCAAUGACAGCAUGCCAAUGUUCACCAAACCUUGUCCUCAAAAAUCUUCCAGUUUUUCCGAUAUAAAGCAUGGCACAAUGCAAUCGUAAAAAAUUAUCUGAAAUUUCGUUGCAUAUAUGCACUUCAAGUUGAUUCAAUAUAUAUCCUGACUAUUUCCAUCUAGGAUCCAUACUCUCUAUUGUCAUGGUAAUGAUUUUGAAGAAAAAUAUUUAAUUGUAUAUUCCUUGUUACUUAUCUGUAGAUGUGGAGUCCAUUUCGAAUGGUUGGUGGGAUAUCGGAGAAUAAAGGGUUUGAGAAGAGACGAUUGUACACUCACGACGAAUACUAUGGUAUGCUAGAUGCAAAUUGGCCAUACGAUGACGACUCCACAAGCGAAGAUGAACAAAUGCUAGCAAUGGUUGAUCAAUGGUUACUUAAGCCUCAGCGAAACAUCUCAAAUGACAGUGAAUCUGAUGAUGAACCUCCCAUAGAGCAUGUAGGUGUUUUCGUUGAUGGGAUAAGGGAAGAUAAUUUAUACAUUAGUGAACAUUUAUAUGAUAGUGAAAUAAGCCAAUCGCCUGAAAGUACUGAUGCUGGAAAUACACAGAGCCCUGACAGAAAUUCGGAGAAUGAUUGGAGUUUGGACAGAAUUUCUGAGUUCGUUGAGAAUCUUAGCAGAACUUCUGAGAAUCCUAGAAGCGUAGACAUAACUUUUGAGAAUACUAGAAGCUCAGGCCCAAUUUCUGGGAGCUUAGAUGAACAUUUGAGUGGCACGAGCUCGGACAGAAACUCGGAGAAUUGUGAAAAUGCAGACAGCAAUUUUGAGUUAUCCAAUGGUGUUGGGUUGGAACGUUUACGAGAAAUUAUCUCUUCAGAAGAUCACCCAAGGCAUUCAUUAGGGCGUAUCGCGGAACUGCGUAGAAACUGUCUAAAGGAUGACGAUGAAUAA